AUGGGCCACGGCGACGCCGAAGAGGAGCUUUCGGAGAAAGCAGCUCAGGGGGUAACAAAUAUCGUCGAGGGAGCAACGCUUGCAGUGUCGUCGACUGCUGCAAGCGCGUGGUGCGCGAAGCGCUUUAAAGAUUUUGAUGCAAAAACGAUGCAGUCUCUCGAUCAGGUGCAUUCCGUCAAC